CUUCCAUACAUUUACAAAAUAUGUCAAACUCACUGACAAACUCUGUCACACAAAACGGUAUUCCAGUCAACACUGCAAACUUCGCCCAACAAAUGUCCGGAUAUGGGAGUCCAGCCGUAUAUCGCGGACCAGUUCCCGGUCUCCAAAGCUGUCAAAUGGUUCAGAAUCUCGCCACUCCUCCCAACUAUAUGAGUAUCGUGACGAUGGCUAACCCACCAAACGUUGCCAUCACUCAGUCAUACAAUCCUACCACUAAUGCAAAUGCUAUACAAACGGCCAACACUUAUGGACAUAACAUAAGGACGUAUGCGGGCGGCAACAUAACAGCACACACUGUCCCACAACUGCCCAAUACUUGCACAACGAAUAUGUCGAGCGGACAGGCAUCACAUAUGGGCAAAACAACUAUCAUAUACCCGCCCAACACUAACCCACCACAACAACGACAACGGCUACAACAAAGCCAGUUAUUGGCGCGACUUAAUCAACCGCAACAACACAACCAACAAGCGGGUGUCCAGUUCCAGUAUAUUCAGUCCCAACAUACUGUCCCACAAAACCAACUGACCCGUCAGUCACUACAACAACAUGUUCUCCAAACACAAACUCAUCACAAAUCUCAGUCACAAAGUCAUCUCUCACUACAAACUCAAUCACAACUCUCCCUUCAAUCACAAGCACCACAACAUACACUCCAAACACAAUCCCUAUCACAACAACCCCUUCAGCCACAGACACCACCACUUCAGCCUAAUUCACACCAAUCUUAUGCAACGCAUGCCUUACGUGACUACGAGAAACAGGAGAGACUAAAAGCCAGACAACGAGAAGAAGACAAAUUGAAACGUUUGGCAGAACAGCAGAGAAUCAAUGAAAUCGCCCAACAGUUACAGCAAUCGAGUCAUUCAUACAUACAGUCACAGAAUACUAUGAGUUCCUCUCAAAGCACAAACUCUAUCACAACUACUGCCCCAUCACUUCAGCCCACGUCCCAAACACAAGAAAACAUCCCUCAACUCCAUAUUCCCGACGAAUUCACUGAUUUAAUGUGUGAUUCCACGGCAGCCGUAGUGACCACUGCAUCACAACCACCAAGAAGUGCGUCCAUAGAACCGGACAACACGUCGUCUGUGACUAAUGAUAUUGUGGAUGAGUCGGCCGAUGCCGAUGCGCCGACGAGACCCCAUUCCAUCGAUUCUGGUAUUCAAACCCCAAUCCAAUCCAUGCCUUCAUUAGCUGACAUUAUUGACAAUCCGAUAGCAAAUGACAAAGUGGUCGAUGAGAGCACUGAUAGGGAUAAUAACAACGAGAGGAGAGUUUCCGUUGAGAAUUGUGAGACGAUUGUACCGAACACUCCUAACCCGCCAUCAGUUGACUCCUUAUUCUCGUGCAAUGAUUUCGUGUCAAACGAGACCACCACUGAAGUCACCAACAACUCGGACGCCAAUAAAACUACAGAACAAUCCAUAAAUCAGACACCGGGCGCACCCACACCCGUACGUCCAGCGGCUCCUGUGGCUCGGAUCGCGCCCUUAGAGCCCGUGACCGCUGAUCACGAGAUAAGUUCGAGUUCUCCGCCAAACGAUCUGAUGAGUGAAGACGACUCAGACGACAGUGAGUCCAUCGAUGAGGAGGCCUUCUGUGUGGUCUGUGACCGAGAGUUCGGAGAGUUCAUCAUAUGUGGGAACUGUAACCGAUCCUUCCAUAAGGAGUGUCACGUCCCGGAGAUCAGGACUAUGCCUGAGAGUACCUUCAUUUGCACCUUUUGUAAAGAUAUGCCGCAAACACAGAGCGCCGGCAGAAGCCGACGCCCGGGAUUCUCAGACAGACAACAGUUUCAAUGCGAAAAGGUUUUGAUUGCUUUGAUUUGCCACAAAUCGAGUCAACCCUUCAAACCUGUCGAUACCGAGUCUCAAAUGCAACAAAACCUAACUUUACUGACAAUUCAGAAGAAUUUAAACAAUAAGGGCUACGAAAGUGAAGUCAUUUUCAUUAAUGACAUCAAACGAAUGAUUUCUAACUAUAAGAACAGAACCGAUGUAAUGAUGAAUAACACCCGAAGACAUGAUUGGUUACAACACUUUCNUGACAUCAAACGAAUGAUUUCUAACUAUAAGAACAGAACCGAUAUAACACCCGAAGACAUGAUUGGUUACAACACUUUCGAGAGAUACUUCGGGAAACAAAUAGUGAAACUGAUGCCAGCGUUUGCCGAUUCACUGCAGACCAGUACUUCUCAUAAUAAUAAUAACAAUAAUAAUAACUCUAAUAAUAACAGCAAACGGAGUAAAACGAGUUGUAUAUCUAUUUAACAAAUUGUUUUAAAAGUUUUGUUUAAUGUUUAUGAAAAUUUAAAAUUCUCAUCAUUGAAGCCUA